GCAUAGAUGGUGACGUUUUUUAUCCAAGACGGAAGAAGAAAGUAAACGAUGGCGCUAUAACGGAGCCAUGUGAACCACAUUUCAUUGGCCGCAAGUUGAAGUGGAUUAUAUUCUGUCACGUUUUAUAUCUCCUGACUCCUGGUUAUGGUUGGCCUCCGAGUUUUUCCACAAGGAGCAAUAAAUAACUAAUGAGAAACGAAAUAAAAUGGCUUUCGCAAACCUGUUUACGAGUCUGUCUGCUGUCAAUGAAGGUGUCGACAGCCCUGGUCAACCAGCAUUUACUCACAGGAACGACAGUGAGAAUGGUAAAAGAAAUGGCAGAAAGAGGAAAAUCCAGGGUGAGCAGCCUGGCCCUCAUAACAAGAAGCAAUGUUACCAAUUCCAGAAAACCAGGACUUAUAACUACAAGGCCAUAAACUACCAGAAGCAAAACACCGACAGUGAGCACGCUGGCUUCACCAAGGAUGUUGUACAUAACCACGGCAAUAAAGCCAGCCACAAUAACAUGGGUCACAAAGGCCAGAACUACAAAAAUAAACAUAACCAUAAUAUAAACAAUCAACAACAGCAGAGAAAUAAGACGGAGGAGCAGAGAAAUCAGCAUCAGCAGAAGGAUCGACAGAGGCCUCCCAAUAGAGGCGGAAACCAUCAAACUAGACCUCCUUCAAGGAAAGGUGGAGGAGGCAGUAGAAAUAAAAAUAACAAGCAGAACGUCCAGGUGAAUCGCACCAGGUUCAUGUCACAGGAGUUCAAGGACCAGAAUGCUCUGAUGGUGGAUGGACGAUUACUUUGUCGACAUUUCCUUUGGGGAAGGUGCAUCAAGGGUGAUGACUGCCAACUGGAGCACAUUCAGGGUUACAACAAUCUCAUCAAAGAAGUGUGCAAAUUUUACGUCCAAGGCCUUUGCACAAAAGGGGAGAGCUGUCCAUACAUGCACAAGACCUUCCCCUGCAAGUUUUUCCAUAGAAAAGGAAAGUGUUCUCAAGGGGCAGAUUGCAGGUUUUCCCACGAACCACUUGAUGAUGUCACUAAUCAGCUGUUGGAUGAGGCAUUAAAACGGGAAAAUGACCUCUAUGAACUUGCAAAGAAAGCUGAACAAGAGUCCUCAGGACAGCCAGUGAACACAGAGGAGUCAGAAAUUAUAGAAGCAAAUGAGACCCCUGAUAUACUAAUACAGCCACUCAGGCCUAACUUUUACAACAGUGCAGAGUCAAAUGCACAAAAGGAAGCCUUGUUGUGUCAGACUGAAGAACUGGCCGAUGUUACAGAGGAAACUAUCCCACCAUAUGCAACAGCUGCCCAAUCUCACAUCUCACCGUCAAAUAACCGUAACCAUGAGGAGCCAGUGUGCUAUUCUGUUGAAGCAGUGCUCGGACCUCAACUGUCCAAACCGUUCUCUGGUCUCUUUACAACGCCUGGAAGUCAAGAUUCUUCCCCCCUCUCUGUCCCACUGACUGAUAGCACUUUAGGCUCUGCAAACCAAAGUGAAGUUCCUUACUCUGUCGAUGCUGUUCUCAGGUCGUGCAAAUCACUGGGCAGUUCUACUUUUGGUCACUCGCCUAUCCCUCCUGCUGCUCCUACUGCACUAACUGUAUCCUACACUCCGAAAACCCAGCAGCUCAGCUCAGCAAACUAUAAGGAUAAGGACUUGUAUUUGGUAAACACCAAAAAUGAACCGAACAAAUUCCAGGAAAAAACAUUCAAGAGCCUGUCAUCUCCCCAAGUGCACAGCGGCCCGACUUCAAAGACCUGCCGUGAUCAUCAUCUUACAAAAGGAAACGGGCAACUGCUUACGGACAUUACAUGCUCUGGAGACGGUAAAAGUGAAGUUAUGCUUAAGCCCAGCAGGAAAGUGUUGCACAGCCUUUUUUCAAGGCCCCCCAGUCAGACAUCUACUCCCAAACAUCCUACGUACCUAGAACCACAUCUCUCUGGUCUGACAUCUGACUCAGAAGCCUCAAUAAAUUAUUUUUGUCCCUCUUCAGGUUUCACAGACUUUGAAGGAAGAGAUGCUGUUUCUGCUGACCCUGAUGCUAGCUCCAUUAAAACCAGUGAUUCUGCUCAUCAUUUUGCAGUAAAAAACCAAACUGAGGUCCACCAGAACUCCAAAAACUCACAAUCUGACCUCAAACUUGUUGCAGGGCAACAUUAUUCUAGUGAAACUACAGCAGAGUGCAGCAGUAAAACAACUCAUUGUGGUGAUUUGGCAGUUGGAUGUAGUAAAACCCUGAAGAGACCCUUUCAUAGCCUUUUUGCAAGUCCUAUUACUGACUCCCUAAAGCCACUACCAGAUUCUGCUCGUCCUCAAGGCUUUAUUCAAUCUUCCUGUCCCACUCCACAGUCUGCAGAUUGCGGAAGUAAAGAUAUUCAUGUUAAAACUGUGGUUAAACCUGACAAGUUGAACUCUGCCAAGUCCUUCCUAAGCCUUUUUGCAAGUCCUCUUAGCGAGAGGACUGCUCCCCCCCCAGGCAUGUUGUCUCAACCAGAUUAUUCAAGAACAUCCUCCAAGUCUGAGUCAAGCCAGCCAGUUGAUGCUGUAUCUCAUUUAUCAGAGUCCAAACAAAAAGCUUCUAAGUUAGAGACACCUCUCCCAUGCCUUGUUAGACCUGAUGACAAAGAAAUCUCUCAUGCAUCGAAAUCCCCUAAUUUCUCUCUAAGUCCUGAAAAGGUAAAUGACGAAAGUUCAACUGAGCAUGUAAAUACAAAGCAGCAGGUGAACCUCACUGAUUCUCUCAGCCCAGCCCAUCAGCAGCUGCCCAACAUCUCAUCCCAUAAAGGUUCUUCAGUAGCAGCCACUUCCAAUUCAGUUCUGAAAACCCUCUUCUUGUGCCUGAGCCCGUAUCAACAGGAUGGAGAACAACAGGACAAUAUUCAGAUCAGUGUCACUUCAGUUUCAGAAAGUGAAAAGAAAGAUGAAAGCAGCAGAGGGUGCGUCUUUGUGGAGCAACAGCAGAGGAGUAAAAUUAAGGGAAGAAGAAGGAAGAAUCUCAAGACUCAGGAUUCCCACAAAAAGUCCACUGAGAAAACGGUUGCACACCGGACAGAGCACCAGUCCUCUCGUGAGACGCCUCAAAUCUCUUUGAAGGCAACAGAUCCAGAUGUGGCUGAACAUCAGUUGAGAAUAUCUGACUCACACAACUUUCCAUUCAAAGCAGUGCUGCCAAUGACGCAGCCUCACCCCCGACAGACUCUGAAGCAAACCUCAGAGGAAAGAACGUGGGUAAAGGGGAACAUGGCGGUCACACCACUCAAAGACCUUUUCAAGACUUUAGACCCCGCUGUUUCCCACUUCAGACAUUAACUUCAGGAUUACUCUUGGAUUUGAUCACACUAAUAAUCUUUUUUUUUUUUUGUACCAGUGUUUGAACUGUGAAAAUGAAAGUAAAGUGAUUCAAAGCUCAAGGUGCUGAUCUUUAUAACCUUCGUGUUCACUCGUUUAGUGUGAAUUCAGAGCCUUUUCUCGAGAUAUCAGCUCAUUGACAUACCUGUGCCAAAAACUUGUCAUUGCAUUAAACAUGUUCUGGGUGUUUGUACAUGUGUUGCCAGUUUGAUCCAAAUCUAGGUUUUGAAAAUUAAUAUAAAAACUCUAAUAAACUGUGAAUUUGA